CAGUCUCGUAUGCCAUUUGCAAUGGCCUUCAAGAUCGGCGUCGUAUGAAACCUUGGAUCCGGUUUUCUCUGAGCCUUUGAUUCUUCGUUUCUCGAAGAUUUAAGAUGAAGUUGAAACCUUUCUUUCUCUUUAUGAAACAAUAGCACGGACGAGCUCAACGAAACUGUGGUCUCAGAAACUUAAUACCAGUUUUCAUGGCUGAAAAGUCGUGCUCUGUUUCAAGCCUUCCAUGGCUUUGGGUAAUGGAAACCUUAGCAAGCUUUGAGCGAGUAGAUAUCUCUCUUUUGAAGGAUUUGAUGAUAAAAGCUCCAGAAGUCUCAGAUAAUUUGGGGAGGAAUGUCAAAGAAAUGAUUGCCUUGAGAUGUUUGGAGGCUUUAUUUAGCGGAAUCAAAAAUGAUGUUCAUCCUGUUGUGCAUUCAAAAAUGGGGUUCGACUCAUCUGAAAGCUGUGAAGAUGUUCUCCAAUGCAUAUUGCGUAAGGUGUCAGCAUCAAAACUAAGAAUCGGAGAACCAGAGCUGUUAAAAUGGAAUGUUCACCCUUUCAUUGCACAUAAAAGAGCAUGUUUACCUAAGUGUGCUUUGCAAGAGUUGAAAGAUACAAUUCUCGAGGGCAGCCAUCCAUCUGCUGCAUCCUUGAAGGAAAGGAGUGGAUUGAGAUUUGAAAGUCAAUGUGAGACUAGAACACCUAAUGGUGAUGGUGAUUCUGGUGCAGUUGCACCAAGGGUUGAUGAGAGUAAUGCCUGUGGUCAAGUUGAGGCUGCAAAAGGGGACUUAAUUCCUCUGACUGCUGAAAAUGAGAACAAUCUCUUGCCAGAAGAUACAACUGAGAGGAUUUUAUUGCCCUAUAAAAGGGGCCUGGGUGACUUGGCUGCCAAAAAUUUGAUGGGGCAAUUUAACCCAAAUGUAGACAGUGUGAAUUAUGGUGGUGAUUCCCAUUCAAAUGCCAAGAGGCGUAAACAUGAUGCCUUUUGCUCCAUUACAUCUAUAGAACCAAACUCAGUUUCUCUGCAUGGAAAGAAAUUGUUAGAAGAUUCAUCUCGACCAAGUAUUAAUGAGUGUGACUUGGCAAAAGAAUCUCAACUGGGAGACCUGGAGGGAAGCACAAUGGUUUCUGAGGAUGAUCAUGAUAAGUAUGUUGUUUCAAAGAGGGUUGAGCAGAUCACUGAUGUUGAACAUGAAGAAUUUGAGCAUAAUCAAACGCAGAUUCCUUUUCACAGCAAUAAAAUGCCUCAAAAUAUGCCUAGAGAUGAAUCCCACCAUGAUAUUUCUGUUGAUGAGGCUAAAGAUGAUGAUGUUGAGCAUUGGGUUGAACCAAACAAAUCAAUUGGUGCAGCCUCAGAUGGAAGCCAGCAAAAAACUGCUGUUGAUGAAGCCAAGGAUGAUGGCGAUUGUAGGGUUGAACCAAAUAAAUCAAGUGGAUCCUCAGAUGAAAGCCAGAAAAAAAAUUCUGUUGAUGAAGCCAAAGAUGAUGGUGAUCAUAGUUCUCAACCAAAGGCAUCAAAUGACAAACUUCCUAAUGAAGCACACCAUAAGGUUUUUGUAGAUGAAGCCAAAGAUGACACUGAGCAUUGUUGUGAAGAAGAAAUGCUGAGUGAUAGCACUGAGUAUCAUGAUGAGGAGGAUGGUAUUGCCAUGGAGAGACAAAAUUUCCUGAGUUCUAAAUGCACAUUCAAUCAUGAUUCCUUGUCAAUAGCUGGCUGGACAGAGCAAAAUCUUUGUAUGAAGUGUACUAAAGACGGUCAGUUGUUGGUUUGUAGUUCCAGUGGCUGUCCAUUGGUGGUUCAUGAGAACUGCUUGGGCUGCCCCCCCAGUUUUGACAACAUGGGAAACUUUUACUGCCCCUUUUGUGCAUAUUCCCGUGCAGUUUCUGAAUACCUUGAGUCCAAGAAAAAGGUCUCCUUGGCAAAGAAAGAACUGGCUUCAUUUAUCAAUGCAGGGAUGAAGCAUGAGCCUGUCAAACCCAAGAAAAAACAUAGAAAAAAGAAGAAUGAAAAGCUUAAUGAAAGUGCUAAUCUUGUCAAGGUUUGUGAAAAUGGGCAUGUAAAAGAGAAAAGACAGACUCGAGCAAACCAUGGCGAUGCUCAAGUUACUGAUCAACUAAUAAGGAGAAAUGUAGAGAAGCAUGAUGGUGUCGAGGAGCAGGGAGUUGCAAAUUUAGGAGUUCAGCAGGAAGCUUCACAACAGCAGAUUAGUGAUCCACUGGAGGAUCCUGCUUCAGGAACUUCUGGAGAUGAAAAUGAUAAGCCUUCCAGUUCUACUUACUAUAUAAGAUUCAGAAGGCAACAACAGCAGUACACAUUUCCACCAAUUCAUCAGUUGAGAAGAAAGAAACUUGCUUGGACAGCUAAGGAGGAAGAGAUACUAAAGGUGGGAGUGCAGAAAUUUUCAAAUGAUCAUGAUAAAAGUAUUCCAUGGAAGAAGAUUAUGGAAUUUGGUGGUACUGUAUUUCAGAGAGGUCGUACGACAAUUGACCUCAAGGAUAAAUGGAGAAACAUUUGCAAAGGAAGCCCAAAAUCAAAGUGAAGUUUUGUUGAACUCUCUGAUAAUGUCGAUAGCUUGAAGACUAUAUAAAAUUCGAAGGGAUUUUCUCUCAAAGAUAGUGUGAGGCUGUUUGGCUUCUAAUAAAGUGGGUUUCUUCACAUGAGAAGCAGCAUGGGAAAGGAUCAUAACCAUGGACCAACUUAGAAGAAACGACAGGCUAUCUCCUCAUCUAUUGUGGGAAAGCUAAUGGGCUGUGACACUUUCCAUUAUCUUUAUUUAUCAUUUUCUGGGUUCUCCUUCAUCUUGUCAAAUAUUGUUAAUGGGUUGGAAUGAGAGCUUUGUGGGAAAGAAGAGAAAAAAGGCCUGGAGAACAGCUCCUCUUUGCCUAUUCUGGACAAUUUGGAAGCAAUGUAAUUAAAAAACCUUUUAAGGGGUGCAAGGCACAAACCAAUCUCUUCAAGAUGAUGUUCUGGUUUCCCAUCCUUGACAAACUUCAUUGAGUGGUUAUGUUCUAGUUAUUAGAUUAGUUUGUGGUUGUUGGCUGUUUCUUUUUGCUUUUUAGAUGUGUACUUUGUGUCUACUAGGUGUGUGCCCAUUUUUUAUUAACACUCAUAAUAUAUUCUCAUUUGCCUAUCAAAUAUAUAUAUAGUUAUUAAGUUUUGAAUCCAAA